AUGUUAGGGAGAAGCUGUGUAAAUGUGGGGACUGUGGAAAGGCAUUUGAUUUCCCCUGUGAGCUGGAAAUUCAUCAGCACCGUCACACUGUGCUCCGUGUGUGAGAAGGGCCUCCCAUUGUCAGCAUACUUGCUGCAACACCAGCGAGUUCACACCAGGGAGAAGCCGUUCACUUGCUCUGUUUGUGAGAAGGGCUUUACUAAUGUGUCCAACCUGCUGAGACACAGGCAGGUUCAUAAUGAGAGACCAUUCAAGUGCUCUCACUGUGAGACUGUAUUCAAGCAUUCAGCUGAACUUACUCUACAUGAACGCACUCACACUGGACAGAAGCCAUUCAUCUGCUUCAUGUGUCAGAAGAAGUUCACUCAAUCAUCUCGUCUUCGGUCACACCAGCGAGUUCACACUGGGGAGAGACCAUAUGCCUGCUCCAAGUGUGAGAAGAAAUUUGCUCAUUCAUCCCAUCUGGCGAGACACCAGCGAUGUCACGAGUAG